AUGCGUAGUAUUUGUAGUUUUGCCUUGGUCGCUAUCAUAAUCUUGCUCCACAAAAUAUGGAGGUCCAGGAGUUGCGAAGGUCUAUCUGGUCGAUCUCAAGUUCUCUUUGCUAUCGUUUUCAUAUCUCGAUAUCUGGAUUUGUUUACAAACUUCAUCUCCGUCUACAAUUCUGUUAUGAAGGUUUUCUUCCUUGCUUCAUCAAUCGGAACCGUCUACCUGAUGUGGGUCAAAUUCAAAGCUACUUAUGACCGCAACAACGACUCCUUACGCAUCGAGUUCUUGCUCAUUCCAGCAGCUAUUCUCGCUCUUCUUAUCAACCAUGAAUUUACUGUAAUGGAGGUGAUGUGGACAUUUUCCAUCUACCUCGAAUCGGUCGCUAUAAUGCCACAGCUGUUCAUGUUGUCUCGUACUGGUAACGCGGAAACUAUCACUGCCCAUUAUCUAUUCGCUCUCGGAUCUUAUCGAGCCCUCUACAUUGUCAACUGGAUUUAUAGGUACUACACUGAGAACUUUUUCGACCCAAUUGCCGUUGUUGCUGGAAUCGUGCAGACUGUCCUAUACGCGGACUUCUUCUAUCUCUACGUGACCAGAGUUCUUCAAUCGAAUCGUCAAUUUGAAAUGCCUGCUUGAGGGGCGGACAGUUUGCUUUGUUAGACCGAGCAGAUGAGAGUGAAAUCCACAAAAGUAAAGCUCUUUGGCACUCGGCUUCAUCUAUGAGUUGAGCGGUAAAAUGCGUGUUGCUCUGAACGAGUGCUUUGUUCUCGAUCGCCUUUGUUUUUUAUUUCUAGUGUAUCUAUUUGUUGUUUGCUCUAUUAGUCGUAUGAUUUAAUUGUUGUGUACAACAACCAUAUGGUGUUUGGGUCAAUGAAACAUAAUUUAUUCAUACCAAUACAGUAAUUACAUGAAUGAACUGAU